GACAGUGAUUUACCGCAGUACAGCCAGCUCCCUUAUUCACAUCUGGAUGAUUUGGAAAAGGGUUGUUUAUGUUUGCAUCCAAACCUCGCUCCCUCGUAUUCUGAAAACAAGAGGGACGAAUUGUCAAACGACGCUUCUGCAGCAAUGGGUUCAGACUACUGGAGUGCGUUUUGUGGUAGUGUUAAGAGCGGAUUCUUGUAUAUUUCUAGUCCAGCGGCAUUUGCGAGAAUUCCACCUGCUGCAAAAAGAACGACAAAUGAAGGACUCCGAGUUUUUUGGUGUUAUUUAUUCUCACUGAUACUUGAUUUUUCAUUUUUAUAUUACGUUCUCUUUCCUUUUCUAAAGAAUAAUAUGCUGAAAGAUACUUCCAUAAAGGUUCAGUAUAGUGUAGCAGCUAUUCUUAUCAUCUUGGCCUUUUGGUUCUCUCUAAACUUGGUUUCAGUUUUAUUGGAUUCGUUAUUUUUAAUAAUGGAAUUUCUGUUGGGUUGGGUUGCCUAUGUUAUAGGCUACGAAAUGACAUUUGAAGGAACCGAGUCGACGGGAGAAAAUCAACUCCCACUUCAUGCAAUACCUCUUGAAUCUCUAGACGAGCCAAAGAACUCUAAUAGUCUUAGAGAUGAGGAACCAUCUUCUGAACAUUUCGAACAGUAUGUAAGACGACAACAACACCAAUCUAGGGAUAGUGAAAGCGGUAAAAAUCUGCAGACCAGCAACUAACUCUUUCUCCCCUUAACUUUUAAUACAUUUUGUAAGUUUACACUUGCUCUAUUUAUUAAUUUUGAAACCGGAUUUUCUGCUCUAAGGAACUGUUUCUUGUUCUUCUCUUUCUCUUCUCUACUUGCAUAUUAGGUGUUCUUGUUUUUUCAAAAGGUGUUGCUUAUGUUUUUGUUCUCUUUCUUUCUGCAUAUUUGGGCAUGAAGUCAUUGACGUUUAGCUUUUGUACAUACUGUAUUAUUCGUUGCUCUCUUUCCGCUUGAAUUUGCAUUUCUUUUGAUUCGCAUUUGCAGUUGCAGUUGCAUUUGCAUCCGUGUAGCAUUUUUUAAUUUUCAUGUUGGAUAGCCUUGGGUUAUUUGUUUAGUUUUCUUUUUAUUCUAGUUGUUUAAUGAAGUUUUGAUAAACAUUCGUCAAGUUUAUAGCUUGCUGUUACGGGAAUAAGCAUAGGAGAAAGAAUACCUUACCUUACCUGGAAGAGAAUCAACCUUCCGG